CAUAAGCCAUUUUUCAGUUUCCCUCUUUCAUAAUAAAAUUUUAUUUAAAAAAUAAUUUUUCUUUUUCCCCAAUUAAACUCUUAACGUUUUGUCUUCUCACUUGUUUUCUCUUGCAACCCAACCCUAAUCUCUUACCCAUGUUUCUAACAAGCUACAUGAAAACUCUGAGAGCAUAACCAUUUCUUUUUUUCUCUCGCUCACUCAAAGAUCUACCCCCACCCGUGCAACAAUUUUGGAUGGGUAAAGGUUAGAUUACCCAAUUUCUUUUGGAUAUAAUCACUCUUUAGAAAUUUCCCCUCUUUCUUCUAACUUCUUACAAGAUUGGAUAUACAAAAAGAACUAGAAAAAAAAUCAAGAAGAGCAAAUUUUUAGGAGUAAUAACAUUAGAGGUUCUACUUGAAUUUUCUUGUCUUUGUUACCCUUGGUUGCUUGAUUUAUUGGUAGGUGAAAUGGAAGUACCUGAAAGUAGAAAGUGGAUGAAUAAUAGAGUUGAUUGUCACAAGAAUAUCACGGCAGAAUUUAAUAUUGGAGUUCAUGAGUUUAUUAGUUUUGCUUUGGCACAAGAUAAGAACAAAAUUGGAGGAGGGAAUAUUAGAUGUCCGUGUAAGAAUUGCAAGUGUGUGAAAUUUGGAAAUCCGGAAGAAGUGAAAGAACAUCUUUGUAGGAGGGGAUUUAUGAGUGAUUAUUAUCAUUGGACAAACCAUGGUGAGGAGCUUCCUCUAAUUCCCCAUGUGGUUGUCAGACACUCAUAUUAUGAAAGUAGAAGUCAGAGGGAAAUAUUUGAUAAUUAUGAGCAGUUGGUAAUGGAUGCUGCAUGACCAGAAAUUGGCAAUUAUGUAGAGCAAGAAGGUCAAGAUGAAGAAGAAACAAUGGAAUAAUAUCCUAAUGAAGAAGCACAAAAAUUCUUUGAAAUGUUGAAGGCGGCAAGAUCACCUUUAUGGGAUGGUUGUGAUAGAUAUUCUGUAUUGUCAGCUUCUUUAACAGCAUUAAGUUUGAAAGCAGAUUAUGGUAUGUCUGAGGGUUGUUUCAAUGGAUGGAUGCAAUUUAUGGGAAAUGCUUUGCUAAAGAAUAAUUGUAUGCCUAAAAUUUUUUAUCAAGCAAGGAAAUCAAUUGCCGAAUUAGGGCUGGCUAGUUUAAAAAAUGAAUGUUGUGUGAAAGGAUGCAUGCUGUAUUAUAAGGAGGAUGACACACUUCAAAGUUGUAAAAUAUGUGGAGAGGGGCGAUAUAGGCAUGUUAGAAAACAGGGGCAUGAUAAAUUAGUUCCAAAAAAAUAUAUGUGGUACUUCCCACUUGUUCCGCGAUUACAACGAUUGUAUUCCUCAUUACAAACAGCUCGCAAAAUGAGAUGGCAUCGUGAGAAUCCAAGGGAGAAUGGUUCUUUGUCUCAUCCGUCAGAUGCAGAAGCUUGGAAACACUUUGAUGAAACAUGGCCUGACUUUGCUAGAGACCCUCGAAAUGUUAGAUUAGGUUUGUGUUCAGAUGGCUUUGCUCCAUUCGACAAAACGGGUAAGCUUUAUUCUUGUUGGCCUGUGAUUAUUACCCCUUAUAAUUUGCCACCAUGGAUGUGCAUGAGAAGGGAGUUUAUGUUCUUGACCAUUAUAGUUCUUGGCCCGUCUAACCCAAAGAGGAAUAUUGAUGUGUUUUUGCGUCCAUUGAUAGAUGAACUUAAAAUGUUAUGGGAUGAUGGAGUUAUGACUUAUGAUGUUUCUUUGAAGCAAAACUUUUUGAUGAAGGCGGCAGUAAUGUGGACGAUUAAUGACUUUCCAGCCUAUGGGAUGUUAAGUGGUUGGAUGACAAUGGGAAAACUAGCUUGCCCAAUUUGCAUGAAGAGUUCUAAGGCAUUCACCCUUGAAUCUAGUAAAAAAACUCAUGGUUUGAUUGCCAUCGACAAUUCUACCACUAAACCAUCCAUAUAGAAGGAAUAAGAAUGCAUUUACAAAAGGUAUAGUUGUGACGUCACCUCCUCCACAAAGGUUGAGUGGUCAAGAGUUGUGGGAACAGGUUAGAAAAUUACCUAGUGUGGAAGAAUCUAAAGAGCACAAACCACCAGGCUAUGGGGUAGAUCAUCAUUGGACAAAACGAAGUAUAUUUUGGGAACUUCCAUAUUGGAAAACUCAUCUUCUCCCACACAAUCUUGAUGUAAUGCACAUUGAGAGAAAUGUGUUUCUUAAUAUUUUAUUCACAAUCAUGGACACCAAAGGUAAGACAAAAGAUACUUACAAGUCUAGGAGGGAUUUGGAAAAACAUUGCAAGCGUAAGGAACUUGAGCUUCAACCCGGUAGAAAUGGUAACUUCAUAAAACCAAAGGCACAAUAUACCUUAACCAAACAACAAAGAGUAUCUGUAUGUGAAUGGGUUAAAAACCUUAAGCUUCCAGAUGGUUAUGUUUCUAAUUUAAGUAGAUGUGUCGAUUUGAAGGAAGCAAAGUUGUUUGGAAUGAAGAGUCAUGACUGCCAUGUAUUCAUGCAACGAUUGUUACCAUUAGCCUUCAAAGCCUUGCCUAAACCUAUAUUGAAUACACUGACCGAAUUCAGCCAAUUCUUUAGUGAAUUUCGUCAUCUUUAUUGAGAGAAGAUAAAUUGCGUAAUUUGGAGGAAAACAUUCCAAUCAUAAUGUGCAAAUUAGAACAAAUAUUUCCUCCAAGCUUUUUUGACUCGAUGGAACAUCUUCCUAUUCAUUUAGCUUAUGAAGCAAGAGUUGGCGGUCCUGUUCAAUAUUGAUGGAUGUAUCCAUUUGAAAGGUUAAUUCUUCAACAUUAUACGAUUUCAUGGUUAAGUUUCUUAUUUCACUUCAUUUCUCAAAGUUUACUCUUUGAUUUGGUAAUAGGUUCAUCCGAACUUUGAAACAAAAGGUAACAAACCAGGCUCAUGUAGAAGGUCCAAUUUGUAAAGCAUAUUUAUUAGAGGAGAUGUCCACAUUUGCAUCCUAUUAUUAUCCACCUGA